UCUCUCUCUCUCUCUCUCUCUCUCUCUCUCUCUCUCUUCUUACUCUUCUUUCACCCAAGUUGAACAUCAUCAAAGAUUGUCAGCAUCAUUUUGCUCUUUGAUCAUACUCUUCAAAAAGUACUAUAAAUGUGAUGUGACUUCUGACAUUUUGGUAUGUGGAAACGAUCAGAAAACUGACCAGAAACGGAGUAAUCGUCGAGCCAGGCUCGACAAGGAGGAGGAAGAGGAAACACGAUAAUGGGCAACGCCACAACGAAAGAUUAUUCAAGGAGCAUCUCCGUUGGCACCAGCUCGAAGAAAACGCGUUGGGAUGGUCCAGGUCUUCCGGCCCCACCAGGCAGACCUAUCUUAAUAUCGGGAACGAAUGAAACACAGCCGGAUGUUGUGGCAAUACGAUGGGAGAGAUCACCAAGUAACGGUGGAUCGGCGAUUAUCGGAUACUUGGUCGAGCAUCGACGAUUGGGUUCUCCUCAUUGGGUACGAAGCACUUCCGGUCUUUGUGCCUUUCCAGAGCUGACUCUAAGCGGUCUUGAGCCAGGAUGGCGUUACCAAUUUCGAGUCAGAGCGCAAAAUGCACUCGGACUUUCGCAGCCAAGCGAUGUCUCCGAACCACUUACGGUUACCUUACAAAAGGCGUCGUCUGGCGCCUGCGCUCCUCAUUUCGAUUUAGAGCUUAAAGAUACAGUUGCACUCGAGAAUGAACAGGCUGAAUUCGUUAUACAAUUCUCUGGUACACCAUUGCCAAAAAUCUCGUGGUUUAAAGACGGCUUCGAGAUCUUUAGUAGUAGACGCACCAGAAUUGUUACGGACAAUGGAAAGAGUAUUCUCUUGAUACAUCAAACCGCGCUUAACGACGAGGGUGAAAUUAAAUGUACUGCCACCAACCGAGCAGGUCAUGUCGCUACCAGAGCCAAAUUAAUUCUCGAAGCACCUCCGCGGAUACGAUUGCCACGUCAAUAUGAGGAUGGUUUGCUUUUCGAGCAAGACGAGACUAUUAGACUGAAAGUAUCCUUAGCAGGUAGGCCAAUGCCUGUUGUCACCUGGUAUCACGAUGGAGAGCUAAUAUCUAAAGAUGUUAGACACAUAUUUGAGGCGAUGGAUGGUGAAUCGAUUCUGAAAAUACCAGAUGCAAAACGGAGUGAUCGAGGAGAAUACAUUGUCAAAGUUACAAACAAAUUGGGCGAAGAUACGGCGUCUUUUCUGGUCACCGUGACAGAUCGACCCGCUGCUCCUGGCAAAAUAGCUGUUGCAAUGACAUUAGGUAGAUCGGUGACGUUGUCGUGGAAGGAACCAGAAGAUGAUGGCGGAUGUAAAAUCGGAACUUAUAUUGUCGAAUACUAUAGAAUCGGCUGGGAGGUAUGGCUUAAAGCAACUACGAGCAGGCGCACUACUGCAACGUUAACAGAAUUGAUCGAAGGUUCCGAAUACAAAUUUCGCGUGAAGGCUGAGAAUCCUUACGGAGUCAGCGAUCCAAGUGAGGAAAGCGAUGUUAUCUUUGUUCCAGACAUUAAACGCAGAAUCGUAACUCCGUCUUUGAAUGAAAAGUCACAAAGUCAUCGAGAGAUCAGCAGAUCUCGUGGUGAUAAACGAGAGGUGAGUUUCACUAUGCCAGCACAAAGAACUAGAAGUUUAACAAGGGAAGAAGCUAAAACACAAGACAAUGAAAGUAAUGAUCGCUUUGGAUAUGACGAACGAUCAGCUUCAGUACAACGGCUCGCAACUUCUACAUUGGACAAACCGUCCAGAGCUGACAGUAGAGUGACAUUUGCACUGGAUACUUUGAAAAAUGAACAAAUGCCUCCAAUUGCCCCAGCCAGAUCAAAAGAGCACAAUUCCACGAAGCAACAAGUUUCUCUUGGAAAUCAUACAAAUCGAUCAAAUAUUGCGGCAAAUGCGACAAUAGACAAACAAGAUAUUAUUAUAAAGGAUGAAAGAACAAUGACAUCGAAACCAACAUCAACUAUGUCAGUCUCUUCUUCAGUUAUCAAAGAAGAUACCACAUUACAUUUUAUAACAAAAGAAAAGAGCAUCUCUCCACUCUGUUUGCCAAGAAUCCAAAAGCAGCAAAAAGAGGAAAGUUAUAUUACAACAAGUCAUCAUUUAACACCAUCGUUGAAUUCAAUUCCAGAAAAACAGACCGCCAUCGUCGAAUCCAUGCUAUUUCCGCCAGAUAGAUUUCCGCAAUCGCAAAGAAUACUGCAAGAGGAUGACGAGAACGCAUUGCAUGGUAGCUCGGAGUUCAUGCUCGUUUUAUAUCCAGAAGAUGAAACACGAGAGGAAUAUGUAAUCGACAUGAAGAACUCUACAGAAAUUCAAAUUAGAAACAACAUAAGUGGCAGAUCGAAUAUGAUCGUGUUGACAGAAGACGAGAACGAUCUCGUACCACCGCCGAUGUCGUUAUCUCUUCCAGAAUUAUUUAGCACGCAGCAUCAAGUGAUGGAAAUAAUGCGAGAAGCGGUUAGCUCUACCGAGCUUCUUCACGAACGAGCUAUGGAACGUUUCUAUCGCGCAGUUGCUGCUGAAGAGGCAUCCGAAAUUGCCAAACAAAAGAUGCAAUUUGAGAGACAAACUAAACUGACGCCAUUAGAUGCCGAAUCUGUUCAAAGGCCCUCGCUUCGUAGACGUCUAUCCAAUUCCGGUACCACUACGCAAAAUUUAAUCGCUUCCUGGCAGGCCAAGAAAAAUCGUCGAAGAUCAAGCGAAGGACAAACUGAUACAACAUCGAAAACAUUAAAUCUUCUCUCGCCAUCAGCUUUGUUAUCAGAUGUUGAAGCUAGAUCAGAUCCAAAUCUUCCCUCUGAAAUGAUAAUAGUAGAUCCCUGGGAAAGCAGCAACAAAGUCGAAUCUGUGGAACGUCUGCGUAGAUGGCACGAAGCGAAUGUACCUUUAUUAGAAGAAAUGCAACGAGAGAAAUCGAUACAAAUGAAUAAUGAAAAGGAAGCAAUAAUUCCAUCAUCCAUCACUGUGAAUAAAGUAGAAUCUCAACCGUUGACUCAAGUGAAAGCAAAGGAAAGAGAAAAAGAGGAGAAUAAUAGCAUUGAGACUUCCGAAGAAUCGUCAGAAGAGAUCAGUAGUGCAGACAGCGAGGAUUUGAAAUUAUUAAAAUCAAGGAUCUUAGCAAGACAAAUUAUCGAUGAAGAAGAUACUUAUCAUCCUAGGGGAAGACCAAUCCCACACGUCGAAACAGAAUUGCCACAGAUUCCGUACGACAAAUUAUCAACGUUUGAGAUUUCGUCUCUUCCAUCCAGCAGAACGGUUACUUCAGUCUCACCCAAUAAUGUGAUGCCUAAGUCAAUUCUAAAAAAACCCAAAGAAGAAAUGAUUCUUCAAGACAAUUUUGGCAGAUCGAUUCCUCCGGAGAAACCAAUCAGAAAGACAUUGCAAUCGUAUCAACCAGAAAAUAUAGAAAAGAUAAAUAUAGAUACCAACGACAGAAUUUCGAAUCUGUCUAGUGUGUCCGAGGCUCUAAAGGCACCUACGAUGUCGGAAUCAGAUACAGAUAGUAUUAUAUCUGCGGCAGAAGCAGCCAAAAAUCGAAGAAUGCAAUCAAAAUGGCGAUCCAUAUCACCUGAAGAAGAGGCAGCCGAAAUAGAAGCUAGAAUGGCUGUUGUAAAUCAAUACACUGAGAUAGUUCGGGAACACGCGAGUCAUUCACGACACAGUAGCGCAGCUAGCUCUCGAAGAUCCUCCAUUUCCGAAGAUCAAGAUCAAAAGUAUCGAGUGCAAGAAAAACUUGCAUCAAAAUUAACAGACAAACAAGAGCAGGAUGAGAAAUUGAAAUUAAAAAUUAAAAGUAAGAACGAAGUCAAUAGACAAAAGAAAAAUAAUCAAACGCCAAAAAAGGAGAAAGGAGAAAGUACUGAUUUUAGAGGUACUACUCCAGCAAGAGAUACGAUGACUGCGAAGCGCAGAAGUAGGCCAAACUCCAGGGAUCAAUCUCCAGCUGCGAGGAGAAAUGAAAGAAUAGGAGGUACUUGUUCGAGAUCAUCUUCAAAGACCAGGAAUCGCACACCUUCUCAGGAAAGAAAUAGUCAAUCUUUAGUAAAAAAUGAUUUAAUAAAUGAGCAAGGCCCUCGUAGAUCUAAAGCAUCUUCUAGACCUUCCUCACGCUCCUCAUCGAGAUCAAGCUCUAGGGAAAGAUUUGGGACAACAGUACCAGUAGAAUCAAAGGUUGAAAAAUUGCAGAAAGCACUCGAGAGUAGUAAGUAUCGAGCAAUAAGAAAAGAAAUCGAAGUAACCGGAGAAAGCGUUUUUGAUCGAACAAACGGAAAGUUAGCUCUAGAAGCUAAAAAAACAGUCAGAUCAACGGUGAGCUAUAUAACCGAUCUGACAUUGCUGAUAGCUGCGAUGUAUAUUUAUUUCUUUAAGAAAGAAACCUUGGCGGUCCCGUUUAUCGUGCUUCUUCUAUAUCGAAGGGUACAGGAAGAAAUACACAAAUGGAUGCCACGUCGUUGGAGGCGAUCUAUCAAGAAACACUAAUUGAUCGAUAUAACUGGAUAUCACACACGCACACA